GAAGAUCGGCCUCCCAGAGGAGCAGGCCGAGGCCCUGACACCUGCCCGGAAUGCUGUGGCUGCAACAGCGGCAGGAGGCUAGGAGUUGCCCCCUCCCGGCCACCUUCGGAGGAAUUCUGGGGAUAGUAGACCCUGAGCUGGAGCUUGCAGGACCGGCGGUCACUCCCGGAUUCCAGAAGCAUUGACUCCAUCUCCACCCCAAGUUGGCAGACCUCGUGACCGUGCGAGCAAAGCCACCCCUGCAACCCAUGUGCAUCAUCUUCUUUAAGUUCGAUCCUCGUCCCGUUUCCAAAAAUGCGUACAGGCUCAUCCUGGCAGCCAACAGAGAUGAAGCCUACCACAGGCCGUCCAAGUUGGCAGACUUCUGGGAGAACAACAGCGAGAUCCUCAGUGGGCUCGACAUGGAAGAAGGCAAGGCAGGAGGAACAUGGCUGGGCAUCAGCACACGCGGGAAGCUGGGGGCACUCACCAACUACCUACAGCCCCGCCAAGAGCCAGACGCCCGCGGCAGAGGUGAACUUGUGUCUCACUUUCUGACCAGUGACAUGGACAGCCUGUCCUACCUGAAGAAGGUCUCUACAGAGGGGCACCUGUACAACGGCUUUAACCUCAUAGCAGCUGACCUAAGCACAGCAAAAGGAGAUGUUGUUUGCUACUAUGGAAACCGGGGGCAGCCUGAGCCUGUUGUCUUGACACCAGGAACCUAUGGGCUAAGCAAUGCCUUGCUGGAGACGCCCUGGAAGAAGCUGUGCUUUGGCAAGCAACUCUUCACGGAAGCAGUGGAGCGGAGCGAGUCACUCCCUAAGGACACUCUUGUCACCCAGCUCCUAGAAGUCCUCAACAAUGAGGAGGCACAGCUGCCAGACCCAGCCAUUGAGGACCAGGGCCAGGAGUAUAUUCAGCCAAUACUGAGCAAGUAUGCAGCUGUGUGUGUCCGCUCUGCCACCUAUGGCACCAGAACCAACACCAUCAUCCUUGUGGAUGCAGAUGGCCAUGUGACCUUCACAGAACGAAGCAUGCUGGACAAAGACACCUCCCGCUGGGAGACCAACACCUAUGAGUUCACACUACAGAGUUAGUCACUGCCAGGCUCCUAAGGGCCAGCAUGGACAGGAACCUUUGGUGGCCACCCUGCAUGUCUGGCUCAGCCAGCAUCCCUAGGACCAGGUCCUUCUGAUCUGUGUCCUCGUAUUCAGCUCAGGGUUUCUCUUUGUACCAAUGGAGAAUGGCAGAGUCAAAUACUAGUUCUGAGUCGGGCCCUAGGUGUAUCCUAUGUGAACACGCGUACCUUGUUCAGCCCCACCACUACUGUGCACACAGACACGUGCACCUUACCGAUGAGCAGGGUUAUGCCUCUCACCUCACAUGUUUGGCCAGUGGGUCUCUUCUUCCCUGGACAGGUAACAAAAGCAGACUUUUUUUUUUUUAGAAACUGGAGACCCUGUGUUUGUUUGUGUUCAGUAGUUCUAUAUGCACAAGGACUCUGUGUGCAUUUGCUCAAUGCUGAGGUGUGGAACCUGGGAUCUCUUAGGCCCCUGCUUGCCCAGGAUUGUGGGUUCUGAGCAAGACCAUUUCACCAAAUGGCUUACGCAGCCCCUGCCAUCUCUCACUGUCCGUGUUAUAAGCUGUACACCAUGGGAUGUGAACUCGAAUGUGCACAGUUGAUAAUAAAACUUUGAGGCUGGAA